GACAGUUAAUUGUCAAUUUUACAAAAAUACAUACGAAAAAAGAGACUAAUUACUUUUAAUGGUUUAAUUCGUCGAAGAAAUGCUGUUUCUAGCAUCGCUGGCGUACCAGUUUGAAGGUGUCUUUCGGCUGAAAAUCGAUGGUCAGUGUACGGUGUGAAAAGUGCGAAAAUUCCUCGACGAAAAGCUGCUACCGCCCUGUAUUUGCAUUGCGCUUGCAGUAUACGCGAUAAUGGUGUAAUGAAAAACGGCAACGCUUACCCCAGGAAUAACAUUACCAGAGACAGGCGGAUGGAUAUGCACCAGCUGUAGGCCGGGAACUAGUUGUGAGCUGUUUUGGUCUGAUCAUUGAUUCAUAUCAACACAAGGCAAGAGCUAGUUGGUGGACCGUACAGCGCCCGGGCGCAAAUCCAGGUGGUAUCGCCCUGUGAAUGUAGUGUUUAUUUAUCAGCAUCAGACAGAAACGUAAGCGCAGGCAAUAACAACAAACCAACAUUGAUCCGUGCCAUCCAGCACAAUGUCGACCGGACUGGGGGAGAAAACGUUUGUCAACAACGACGAACUGUUCUAUCUGAAGUGGAAUAAUUUUCAGAAAAAUGUCAGCACCCAGUUCGAAAAGUUGCGUGAAGACGACGAUCUGGUAGACAUUACGUUUGCCUGCGAGGGCCGAAUGCUUACCGCGCACAAGCUGGUGCUGUUUGCAUGCAGUCCCUACUUUAAGGAACUGCUAAAGAAAAAUCCAUCCCCGCAUCCGGUCUUUUUCAUGAAUGAUGUGAAAUACGACGUACUGAAAGCCAUCCUACAGUAUAUGUACCUCGGAGAAGUGCACAUCACCAACGAGAAUCUGAAAGAGUUUAUCAAAACGGCCGAAGGGUUACAAAUCCGGGGACUGAGUAAAGAAAACAAUGGUGACCUGAUCAUACCAACGCAUCAGGACGUGCUGCGUCGGGACGAGAAAAGCGAUCAGAUGUUAGACGAGUUCUGCCGUAAACGCGCAGGCAUUGAGGAGCUGCAAUCAUCGACCGUAUUGAACAUUAAGCGCGUAAAAACGGCGGCAGACGGUUCGAUGACAGCUAGUGGCCAGGAUGGAAAUGUGGACGUAGAACCGAAAGUGGAAAUGGUCGAAUAUCUGGACAGUGAAGCGGGUGCCCACCAAUCGCCAACAUACUGCAGUAUGGAAACGUACGCGGAUAAAAACAAUCCUCGCACCGCCAUGACCCAUCUUGGGGCAAUCAAUAACGUAGCGGGCUUUACACAAACCGGUCCUGCAUCCGUGUCCGGAGCGGGAACUAAUCAACCCGGUGGCUCCGGCGGCCACAGCCAUAAUGUGCACGAGUACAAAUCGGAAGAUGAUAGCAGUUGGAUGGAGAAAUCGCUCGACAAUAUUUCCGUCAACUCGGAGCAAAGCAUGAAGUACAAUAGUGGUGGUGGUGGAGGUGGUGGUAAUGGUGGCGGCAGUGGUGGCAGCAGUGGAAACAGUGACAAAAACAAAGGACGCAGCAGUCGAAACAGUAAUCGCUCCACGGAUGAUAAGGCGAACUGUCUUACGCCCCGCUGUUGUCCCGUGUGUUCGCGGCUCUACUCGAACGUGUCAAAUCUGCGGCAACACAUGCGAUUAAUACACAACCCGACCGCCGUCUGCUGUCCUAUCUGCCAGAAACACUUCAACUCCGAACUCUACCUGAAGCGACAUUACUCAUCGAUACAUUCGAUCAAUCCUAAUAGCACCGGGGACGGUGAGCUGGUCGACACAAAGCCCCCAACAUCGCAGUUACAACAACAGCAGCAGCAGCAGCAGCAACAGCAACAGCAGCAGCAAGCACCCCCACAGCAGCAACAGCAAGCUCCUCAACCAACGCAGCAACAGCAGCAACAGGCCCAACAGCAGCAACCUCAACAGCAACAAGCACCUGCGCCAACCGCAAACACGUGGAAUCCCUACCAUCAUCACGAUGCUUCACAGCUGGUGAACCCUUUUAUCAAGUAAAUAUGGCAACGUUAAACAGGGCAGACCCUAGACGAUGUGUUGUCCCACCACUACAAAUUUUUACUAGGGACGAUAGAUAGGCCUUGCUGCAGGGGCCUUGUCUCUGUGUUUGGUUAGUAUUGGCUGAGGAUCUGCUACGACUGUACCUAAUCCGCAUUGGUCACUUCUCUCACUUUCAUACACUAACUAGAUGGAAAAUUUCAUCCAUUAACGCGUACUUUGUAGAAUCGCCUCUUGCAAAGUCGAAAGAUUCACUCUGCACGUCGGUACGGGAUCAGAAUGUAUGCGGCCUGUUAUGAACUCUCCUGGACAAAAUUGAAUGUGUGUGCAAUAUACUAUUUUUACGCGAAAACAAACUACAUCCAGAUACAGAAUCAUGUAAAGCAGUCUUGUCAAACAUAUGGCUGUCUUUUAUUGUGGCCUACAAAAUGCUAAUUUCGUCUAUCGUCUGAAAUCCGUGAGUCAAAAUGAGUUUCACAUUACUUAUGUAAAGUAUAAUGAUCCCAGAAGCAUCACAUCCAGUACACCAGACAUGUGGUGUUGGCCAACAGACAUGUAAUGGAGAGUAUACAGUGUCAGCAAACGAACGAUAUACGCGGUAUGCCAAUGCUUCAAAAUUACAUACAAAGAUCGACGUUGCUGCAUUAUUUGGUCGGGUAAGGUGAGGAAAGUGUCCCGUGUCGCAGGAUUGCGAAGAUUGGAAAGGAGGAUUUUUUUUCAAAAUGCACAAAGCGAAUGAAUGUUUCAUUUUACUCCGCUCUGAAUUUAUUCUGUUCGUUGAUUUUAAUUUUCGAUAGGUCGGUAAGGGCUUAAGCAAUUACGCUUAAGGUGACAUGAUUUGUAUGUACAAAAAGAAAUAGGAUGCAUGAAACGUGCAUGAGUUUUUAACGCUAGUUUUAAAGCCAACUUGGCAUAACCCAGUUAGCUCAAAUGGAAGAAGUUAGUAAAAAACGUCAUUACGCUUUCUUUUCUAUGCUAGCACCAUUCAAUCGUUGUUGUAAAGGGUAUAGAGUAGCAGCGGUAAAUAUCCACUGGAUACAUCAAAACUGUAACUGGUACCGUGUACUUAUGCGUUCACUUAAACGGAUACGCCCGUUGCUGAAUGGGGGAAAUCAUUCGUUUCCAUAACAAGCCAGCGACAAUGUUCUUGGUCAAUUGUGUAUUUUUUCCUUCGCUCUUUGUCUAUCUUUGUUAGAACAUUCUCGGGCUUGGUAUCGGGUGAACUAGCCUAAUAGUGAUACAUUAUUAAAAAACUGAUCCAGUGGUACUUUAGCUACUCUGCAACGGUGGCAUGUGUAAUGAUAAAGAUAUGCGUAAUUUAUGAAAAAGAGAUAAAGACCCGUUCCAGACGUGUCAUAGUCCAGACGUGUCAAACAUAUAACCCAUACGAAGGUUCAUCAUCUGACCCGCAAAUCGAAAACAUGGUUUGUUGCAUGAAUGCGCCACAAAAUGGGGUACGACGGUGUGCUGCGUAAGAAGGUUUCUGCAUGCAAACGUUUUACAAGGAGGAUACUGGCGACACUGAAUUAGACUCUACAAGCGCGUUCUGGAUCGCGCCCUGGACUGGAACGUCGUGCUGCCCAAUACGCAAAGAAUUGACAAUUCAACUACUGUGUCCCAGUUAGUAAUGGAAGGCAGGCCAAGAUCGUGUACGGUGGCAGCGCCAAAUAACACAAAAACAAAGAUAGAAAAUAUGAAAAAGAGAAGCAAAAAAGUACAUGAAAACAAUCUGUCCUAUAGUGUAAACGUAGUAGUUUUCGGUAUAAGCAUCAUCACUGUACGUUUGCAAAACAAAACAAUAAUAUACGUACAAAUGUAAACACGCAAACCUAGACGAAUGCUUUCAAUAUUCAGUUUUCAAAUUGUACGCAACUGUAAAGGGGCGCGUGUACCUACUGGCGAAAGGGAAAGCAGGCAGGACGGACUACCUUUGUUUGCAGAACAGCUUCUCGUAACACGUAAAAUCAUGUUUAAUCUGUUGCUUCCGUAAUUUAUGUUAUAUACCGUACUACUCACCCACAUUUUAGCCUGAUUAUUGUACAUACAUACAUACAUAUAGAGUAUUGAUAAAACAGUAAUAAUUAUCGGUAAUUAUGACGUUGAUUGGGCGUAUAAAUAAAGGAAGGUAAACGCAAGUGUA